GCCGCUCAGGUGGAAGUGACGCUCACCCCCCGCUACCCAAAAUGUCGGCGCCCAGAAGGAGGUGUAAGUAAUUAAAGAGGAAAGCCGACUGACUUCCCCCAGGCCUGGAGGGGGGAAGUGCCGCCUAGUCUGCAGACCUUCCGCCACGCGCAAGCCAGAAAACGCCCCGUGUCACUAUGGAUGACGCCCCGCUGCCCGCGGCCCCUGCUCCCAUCUCUGCGCCAGUACCUGCACCACCUGCCGCCACUCCCCGGGUCCCCUUUCACUGCAGCGAAUGUGGCAAGAGCUUCCGCUACCGCUCCGACCUGCGGCGCCAUUUCGCACGACACACGGCUCUCAAGCCCCACGCGUGUCCCCGCUGUGGCAAGGGCUUCAAGCACAGCUUCAACUUGGCCAACCAUCUGCGCUCACACACUGGGGAGCGGCCCUACCGCUGCACCGCCUGCCCCAAGGGCUUCCGCGACUCCACGGGUCUGCUGCAUCACCAGGUCGUCCACACUGGUGAGAAGCCCUACUGCUGCCUGGUCUGCGAGCUGCGCUUCUCCUCCCGCUCCAGCCUGGGCCGCCACCUCAAGCGCCAGCACCGCGGCGUGCUCCCAUCUCCCCUGCAGCCCAGCCCGGGCUUACCCCCCUUGAAUCCCCCCUGUUCUGUCUGCUGCAACGUGGGGCCCUGCUCGGUGUGUGGGGGCGCCGGCGCAGGCGGCGGAGAGGGCCUGGAGGGGCCGGGCACGACCAGCUGGGGCCUGGCCGAGGCCGCCGCCGCAGCCGCGGCCUCCUUGCCACCGUUCGCGUGCGGGGCCUGUGCCCGGCGUUUUGACCACGGCCGGGAGCUGGCCGCCCACUGGGCCGCGCACACCGACGUGAAGCCGUUCAAAUGCCCGCGCUGCGAGCGCGACUUCAACGCGCCCGCGCUGCUGGAGCGGCACAAGCUCACGCACGACCUGCAGGGGACCGGCGCGCCCGCCACACAGGUCUGGGCCCCCGGUGCGGGGGCGGAGGUGGCCGGGGAGGGGGGCGCGGUGCAGGUGGGCGAUGCCCCGCCGGCCUGGGACGGUGAACUGCUUCUGAGCCCCACGGGGGGAGGCGUGCCGCAGUUGGCGCUGCUUCCCGGCAGCGUGGUGGUGGAGGCCCCGGCUCCAGCGGCCGUGGCCGAGACCUCGGAAGACACGCUGUACCAGUGCGACUGCGGGACCUUCUUCGCCUCGGCCCCUGCCCUGGCCAGCCACCUGGAAGCCCACUCGGGUCCGGCCACGUACGGCUGCGGUCACUGCGGGGCUCUGUACGCGGCCCUGGCCGCCCUGGAGGAGCAUCGGAAGGUCAGCCACGGCGAGGGCGGCGGCGGGGAGGAGGCCGCCGCGGUGGUGGCCGCCGAGGGAGAGCAGCCCGCCGGGGAGCCCGCGUCCGGCUCCGGCCGUGGCAAGAAGAUUUUUGGCUGCUCCGAAUGCGAGAAGCUGUUCCGCUCUCCGCGGGACCUGGAGCGCCACGUGCUGGUCCACACCGGGGAGAAGCCCUUCCCGUGCCUCGAGUGCGGCAAGUUCUUCCGCCACGAAUGCUACCUCAAGCGCCACCGGCUGCUGCACGGCAGCGAGCGGCCCUUCCCCUGCCACAUCUGCGGCAAGGGGUUCAUCACGCUCAGCAACCUCUCCAGGCAUCUAAAGUUGCACAGGGGCAUGGACUGAAUAAGCCACGCCGGCCCUUCCUCAAGAAAACUGACCCCACUUACUGGACUCAGGAUAAAGCGGACACCUCAGCCCUCCAAAUCCAGAGCCAGACCCUUCCUCCCACUCCCACCUCCCAGAUGAACCUCCUGCCUGGAAAGAUGGUGCCACCCACACAGGACCACAGAUAAGCCACUCCCGUCAGCGAGGGGAUCCAAAGACCUAAUUAUUGCUAUGGCCGAACCUACAGAGGCUCCCAAGUUUGAAACCCCUGAAAUACGGACACCCCCAAAAGUCACUCUGGCCUCUUAAAUCUGGAGACGUAGGAAUGGCAAAUGGGUCUUCACAAGUACGUCAUCGAAUAAGAUGUGGGUACCCCCAAUGGGCAGACCACCCUACUUCGUGAGAGCCAUCAUUCCCAAUGACCUUCAUCUGGGGAGUAUGGAGGACAAUGUCCUUAACUUCCUGUAUCCUCUCCAAAAGAUAACCACCAGCCACCAGUGGUCCCAGAUGUGUUUAGCCGAAAUCUGCCUUUCCCCCAUUUCAUUUCCUGUGCCGAAAGAGGACCAGGGUAGAUGCCCCCUCCUUUCAAUUCCCCCGCUCUCUGAUUAGGUCUCCCACUACAGAAUAGAUUGACCCUACCAACCUCUCCCCUGCCCCUUCCUGAACACUAGAAUAGGAUUGUCCAGAAUCUCCCUACCCAGUAAGAUGGGUUGAUCCACGUGCACACGCCCCUGUAUCCACUUGGGAUGGGCCAGUACAGGUUGUGGCCUGACUCAGCCCUCCUUAGAAAUAGGACAGACACUCCCUUAAUGCUGUAGAGUGUGGUCCAGACCUCUGUCCGUGUUACUCCCCAUCCUGUGCCUGUGACCAAGUGGAGGAGAUGGAUGUCUAGCACCUGUCCCUUGUUCCAUCUGUUGAUGUCUGUCUCUGUGUUCCUCCCAACCCCAGGGGAAGGGGGAACUUGGCUAAGGGGUUCUCCCCCCUGUGAGCCUAAACCUCACCCCCUCAUCCCACUCUCCAGUGUCUCCAGGACUCCAAUAAACCCACUCCUAUGGGACA